AUGCGAACAUCCUGUAUACUAGAGUCAUGUCGGCUCGCGCUGCGCAUAGGCCUCCAUCGUGACCCGUUCCACUGGCCGAAUAUUCUCCCCUUGGAGGCUGAAUUCCGACGUCGACUCUGGAUCACACUAUAUCAUAUGGACUUCUGUACGAACACGCAAGUCCGGCUGCCACGAAUCAUCAACGACUCACAGUGUGAUGCACAGCCGCCUGCAAACUUGUCGGACGAUGGCCUAAGCUUCAAGCGUCAUGAAGUGCCACCAGAGCGGCCGUUGACUGAUCCAACACCGCUCUCGCACCUUAUCCAACGGCAGACCAUUAACAAGGUGGCCGCAGAGAUGUGCGACGCAGCGGAAGCAGGACCACAGUCAUCCGCCACAGAUGAGGUGCUCAGCGCCAAAGUAGACCGUGCUAUUAAUUCCAUCCCUGAGCAAUCAAAGUAUCGAUCUCUCGAGACAUCCAUUGCGGACAACCCCGCUACGAUCCUGCACCGAAUAUUCAUUGAUAUUCUCAUCAACAAGGCUGUCUAUCUCCUUCAUCGACGGGGCUUUAUGAAGGGCUCCGUGGAAGAAGAAACCACGAGCUGA